CUCGGGCUUUCUCGGUGCUCGCCUGCGCUCGCUUCGCGGGCCAGGGGAGGAGAAAAAAUGGCGCUUCCCCCGGCCGCCGAGGCAGCGGCAUUGAGCCCUUCGGAGCCCCCCGCCGCGGGCGCCCGGGAGCCACCCGGGCCGCCGGACGCCGAGGAGCCGCUGGCCAUACAGCGUCUGGCGGAGCUGAGGCCAGAGCCCGGCGGCGUCCCCCUGCACUCCCCCUGGACCUUCUGGCUCGACAGGUCCCUCCCUGGUACUACAGCAGCUGAAUGUGCAUCAAACUUGAAGAAAAUCUAUACAGUGCAAACAGUGCAGAUAUUCUGGAGUGUGUACAAUAAUAUUCCUCCUGUGACUAACCUGCCUCUAAGAUGUAGUUAUCAUUUAAUGAGGGGAGAGAGACGACCACUCUGGGAAGAAGAAAGUAAUGCAAAGGGUGGUGUGUGGAAAAUGAAAGUCCCCAAGGAAAGCACGCCCAUGAAGAACAUCAUGCUUUUGAAGGUGGACGUGGAAAACAUUAAUUGCACUUUGUACAGAAUUCUUUGUCCUUUGCUGAUUGAUUUUGGACAAGAUCUCAGUAGGAGAGAAGUGAAGAGAAGACUUGCUGAAGCAAGAUGCUGGCCUUUUUAGAUAUGUUUUUCAUCUUAUAUUUGGUCAGAGUACUCCAAGUUGCAAGUGGCAGGGGACUUAUGUUGAUUUCUAACGUGAUAUUACUUGCUUUGGGUCUUCUUUUAGAUUCUUUCUGUUCUCUUCACUCUGAUUGUCCCCCCACCCCACCCCAAUUUUCUUAUUUUCUCUUCAUUCUAAUUACUGUUUUAAGUAGAACUGUCUCCUUGAGGUACAAGGUUCUGGUUUCUCUUGAAAGGGCAUAUAUGCACAGCCCUGACAAUGCUGCUCUUCCCGAUGAUCAUGCUGUCCAUAAAGGAGACUAGCUUGGGGAACCAGGCAUUUGAAUUAUUUGUCAUGAAACAUUCCUACCAAUAAAGCUUUUGCUCAUUGUCUUUGUUUCAGGAGAAAAGGAAACUGUACUAUGUGUUCUAAUAUACAAAGUGAUCUGGUUUUGCACUGACAAGAUUACAUGUAUAGGUUGGAUGGAAAGUUUAGGGUUGGAUUUUUGUUGUUAUUUUUUGUUUGUUUGUUUUUUACACAAAAGGUAAGAUCAAGAACUGAUCUAUGGUGAAUACCAUGAGCACAUUUUCAUAUUGAUCCACUCUGGAAAUUUUUUUAACCAGGACUUUACUUUGGCCUUUUGAAAGCAAUACUUAAGAGUGGAAGAAAGGGCUUUCAUUUCAUAGGAAACCUGAAGCUUCUUAUUUAAAAGGGAAGUGAUAACGUAAUUGCUUAGAAUUAAGUUUACUGCCUUCUGAAUUUAGGGUGUGUGUAUCUACUUAAGGUUUUCUGAAUCAAUCCUAACGCAUUUUGCUAAAUGGAUUCUCAUUUCUAGCUUGUGUUCUGUUUAGUUUCACAUUAUUGAGAGUGCUCUGAGGGAGGCAGUUUUUUCCUCCCUUUUUCAUUUAGGAGCAGGAAGUUAAUUCUCAUUUGCAGUGUGAAUGUGAAUAUUUACAAAGUUGAACUCUGAGUGCAUUUUGUCCAUAUUAAUUAUUGGAAUUGUUGAUAUAUUUUAUUAUACUACCAAAGAAUGAUUGAUUUUAACUGUUUUUUUUUAAAUUGGAAGCUGCAGAGUAGAAGCAAAUGUACACCCCUUUUCCCCCACUGAAUGAGAUGAGUGUUUUUUCACUUGGGAAUUGUUCAUCUUGCACUGAUAUUCAUAUCUUUAUUCUAGGAAGUCUCUACCUACACCUACCUGGAAAAAGCACAAGAUUUUUUGGUGUGCUUUUUUUUUUUUUAAGUUGUUCCUUUUUGUCGCUUUAUUUCAGGACUGUUAGCAAGUAACACAAGUUGAUACAUCUUGUGAUAGGGCAAUGGGUUCAGCACCCCUGUUUUGCCCACUGUUUCUAACUCCUCUUUGCAAAGUUGACCCUGCAAAGGUAUGACUUAAGAUAAUCAUCAGAAAUAUGUUUAUAAAUAAAUGAAAUUUUCAUUUAACAUUUUUAGAAUUCCAGCUGUAUUUAUAAAUAAUAAAUUGUGCAGUUCACUUACAUUAUCAAUAAAAAAAAACUUUCUAAAAUUGAGUUGCUUCAUUGAUUUUAA